CUGACAAUUGGUUGUCAAGCGAACAAGUAGGAAAAAAACAACAACAAAUGGAACCGUCGAUGCUGUCUACAUGCAGGAAACUAUAAUCUUCAAUUGGUUCUUGAUUUUAUUCGCGUGCAUCGAUUAGUUUAUGUUUUGUUGCAUUUGUGAAUUGUAUUUUCCACCCGGGGUCGCUUUUGUAUCAGCAUGAAAAUCCACUUUCGCGAACAGUAUUGCUCAAAUGGAGAGGAAAUUCUCUACGUCACCCCAGAUCACCAAGAUACUGUUGUACGGGUAACGCUGAAAGGUGAACGGCCAUCGAUACGGAAGCGUUUUAGCAUAAAACGAUUUUUCCAACAUCUAUUCCUGCCAGUCGGAUAUCCGGACAGUGUGAGCAGUGAUUACUUAUCGUACCAAAAGUGGGACACGUUGCAGGCAUUCUGCAGCACAAUAAGCGGUACGUUAACUACACAUGCCAUACUUAAAGGAGUCGGUGUUGGAAGCGAUGCGGUCAACCCACUUUCGGCAACCGUUACAUGGGUGCUCAAGGACGGCACGGGACAUUUGGGAAGAAUACUGUUCGCGUGGUGGAAAGGCUCGGAAUUAGAUAUUGAUUCGAAAAAAUGGCGCAUCCGCGCGGAUAUACUGAACGAUGUUGCGAUGGGUAUUGAUCUGUUCGUGCUGCCAUACUAUCCAAAGGCGGCAACAUACAUUCUUUGCGCAACAACUACCAUGAAAGCAAUAGUCGGAGUAGCAGGUGGAGCGACACGAUCCGCACUCACACAGCACCAUGCUAUCCGUGGUAAUUUAGCGGACGUAGCAUCGAAAGAUAGUGCCCAGGAAACUUGUGUCAAUUUAAUCGCCUCUUUCGUAGGACUAUUUCUUCUCUCGUACCUGCAAAAUCAAAAAAUUUUAUAUGGUUUAUUUGCCUUCGUGACGCUGGUGCAUAUUUACGCCAACAUAAAGGCAGUAAAAGCGGUCUGCUUGCGUACGUUCAAUGAAGCUCGCUACCUAAUCGCACUGGAAGAGUACUUUAAGUCAGGAAUGAUGCUGUCUCCCCAGCAAGUCAAUAAGCUAGAAAGGGUUACCGUUGGUCAAACGGUAUCCCUUACGGCUCGGAUCAAGAUCGGAUGCUCCGUGCGAGAGCUUACCGAGUUUUAUCGCAAUUGUUACGAUUUAGAAAACUGGAUGGCAUGCUUUGAUUCGAGGGAAAAGUUUCUUAUAGCUGAAACGCGCCACUAUGUCGGCGUGUAUCUGCACUUUACGGUAAAGCCCUUGGAUAUCAUAAAAUCCUACUUUUAUGUUGCUUCCUAUCUGCAAGACAAGAGCCAGCUGCGCGAUCGCUACUGGGAAAUUCAGAACAAGUGGAACGAAUUCCUCAACUUAGCCCAGUGCGAAGGAUGGAACGUACAGGCCCAUUUGCUCAAAACCGAUGAAUAUCGGCUUGACUGGAGGAUAUAGACCACCGAUCACUAUCGUAGUUACCCGUCCGGAUAUCUGCUCCCAGCAUCAUACCGAUUAGAUUACCGUUUUUCAUAGGAGGUAUGUUCGGUAUACUUGAACUGCUUUCAUAAAAUAUGGCACUCACGAAACGUAUGUCCUCCAUCUCCACCAAAUUCUACAAAAAAAAAAACAGGACCAUUAGCCGAGUGCCAAAAAGAAAGAACGAAACGGGAACAUGAACGGUGCAAACACAACGACGACAAAAAAAAAAAACAAACAACGAAACGUUUUGCUCUAGUCAGUACGGAGUUAGAUAGUGAGAGUACAUGUCUCAGCGACACGCACGCACUUUUUAGGACCAAACUAUGUAAGCACAUCGGCAAUCGUAACUCGCAUGCUACACUAUAGUACUAGACAAAUCCACGUUUUUCAGCGUUCCACAGCAAGGAAGCAAUUUUGGGCAAGUCGAAAGUUAGAGAUCCGUAGGGAAAUAACGCAAAUGAUAGAAUUGUUUGUCCGAAUGCAAAAAUCAAUGUUAGAGGGACAAACAAACAUAGCUCAACUGUUAAAAACACCAGCCGCUAUUAAGCGAAGGUAGCAAAUGAGAGAAACAUUUUAAACCUCCAUUCAAUACAACGAGUAUCUUGUGUAGGGAGUUUUAAUCAUAUCAAACGAUAACAAAGAAGAGUUUUUUGCGUAAUUUUUCUAACAUAAUUCUGCUACUUUAUCAUCCGCCGUAGUAAGUACGUUUUACCCAUUCAAAGGCACAAUUUAGAUCGAUUAUAAAAGCUGGUUACGUUGCAGCACGCUUCAUAUGUGAAACGCGAACAUUAAUAAGGUAGUCAAACCACCGGAAACUGUUCCAUAAUUUAUCUGGUUUUAAGCAAGUGCAAUAGAGCAUCGCACACACAUACUUUACAUUCCUAAAUAAUGAUAUGUUCCAAGAAUUGUUGAACCACUGCACACUCGACAGUAUGAUACAGAAUGGCACAGGUUUUAUGCGUUAGGCUUUUUGUGGCACGAUUUUUAAAAGUUUUAGCAAAGUCGAAAUAUUUAAGCAGCAGAGAAUCGAAUCCAAACCUAAACCGUCUACAAAUGUAUGCUUCACUGCUGUGAUAAAAGUUAGCUCAAUUGAUAACUGUUUCAGUUUUUUCUGAUAGCAUUUUCAUAAAACUGCUUUACAUUAUAAUAUCUUAGCCCUUUGUACACAAAGUACAUGACAGAACUUUUGCAUUUGUUCAUUCGUUUGCAUUAUUGUUUCGCUAACGUUUUGGGUCGGAAAAGCCAAUAGUCAGCUUGCGUUGCAAUUUGAAUAUAGAAUUUUUAUCAAUCAGUGCAAACGUAGUUUAAUAAUCGCACGAAACGCCCACAGAAGCUAAGGGCAUGAUAAUAAUAAAGAAUUUUUUCAACUUUAAACGAA